AAUAAUUUUGAGAUUGUGACAGACGACGAUGCUGCAUUUGUUCUAAAUGUUACCCGUCUUCUUACAGUUGCAUUAGUGUCGUAUCGAGAGCAAACGCAGGCUUCUCAAGAUGAAAAACCAAGCAUUCCAAGUCUCCUGGAUGGUAUCCAGGAUUUUAACAGAGCAGAAAUUCAGAGGGAGAAGAAGUCAAAGUGGGACCCAUCACCUUCAACUCCUGCAUCCAGGCUUGCAGCUAGAGUUGCAUCUCGUCAGGAAGAAUUAGGAUUAAUACAUUUUUCUUCAAACAAAGAGUCUCCUGAAAGAAUGGAUCGUCCAGCCUCUGGCUUUAAUGCAACACGAGGCCCUGCCUCUGGCCCAAAUUCAGCACAACAGCCAGUCGGUAAAAAACCUUUGCGUCCUACUGGACCAGAUGCAUCCACUUUUGGUCCUUCAGCGCACCGUCAGGAUCCACAGAGACGCUUGUCAUUCAAUCAGCCAGCUGGAAGACCCUUAGGACCACGUAAAGGAAAUACUCAGACUGAUGCCCUUAUGAGUGCACUGGCCAAAGAUAGCAUAACAUCACGCUUCCUUUCCAGUCUGAAGGGGAUGAACAUCUUGCAAGUUGAAGCAGAGCUCCGUAAAAUAGCUGCUACAAAUCCAGCUUUCAGAGGAAUACACAUCCCAACUGUUCUCAACACUUUGGCUGAAACAGGAUACUUGGACACCAAGUACUAAAACCAGUGACAUGCUUUUAAAAUUGUUUUAUAAAGUUGGAAGAACCUAAAGAAGUGAAGUACUGAUCACUGUAACUGAAGACUGCACCUGACUAGUGUCUUGUCCUUUCCUUUUAAUCUGUAUCAUAAGUGCACCAGUAUUUCACAAGUAAUGAUAGAAGUUUACUUUAUAUAUGGAAGUAUUCAUUUAAGUCAUCUUGUUACCUGAAUUUUACAGUUGUAUGUUUUGUUUUAUUUGAUGCAGGAAUAUUUUUUCUUGUAAUAAAACAAAAUGCUAAGUA